AUGUCUGGCCUCGAAGCCUUGAGCGUUGCCUGCAACAUAAUGCAGGUGAUUAGCUUUGCCCACGAGACGAUUGACUUUUGUAAAGAAAUAUAUCGCGGUGGAUCCUUCAACGACUACAACCAACAGAGCAUCGCAUCACUCAUGGAACUCUCAGUUCAACUGCAAACGCACUUUCUGCAAGCGAAGUCAAAAACAGUUAAAGAGAAGCAGCUUGCUGAUAUUGCCCAGAAGUGCAAUGUUGCAGCACGUGCGCUCAAAGAUGAAGUCAAGUUCCUUACGUCUCAUUAUGCAAAGGGUAAUCUCGCGGCGACUAUAAUAACUGCGGUGAAGACAUAUUGGCGCAAGAGUCGGCUGGAGAGACUGGAGAAAUCACUCAAAAAUCACCAAAAUACAAUGGAGUCUUAUUUACUAGCUCGAGUAUGCACACAGAGCGAUGCCAUUGAGAUUCAACAGAGCCAAGAAUUCGAGAAGCUGGGCAAAGAUAUCCAAUAUUUUACGUCCCAGUAUGCCGCUGGCCAUACAAGAAUCGUCGACCUUAUCAACACAGAGCUGGCAUUAGUCAAGGAUGAAACAAUCAGAGCAACUUUGCAAUCUGAGGAAUCGACUAAAAUGCAUACUACAACCGUAGUGACAAGGACCGAGGAAUCAAUAAAGAUGCAUGUUACAUCGACAACAAACAACCUUGUCCAGAGAAUGGACCAAUGCACGAUCGAAUCAAAUAUAAAAUCUUCAACUAAGGAGCAGCAAGAUCGAUUUCUUAACAGCCUCCGAUAUGAAGGCAUGAAUCAGAGGAAGAAUGAUAUAACUAGCUCAUUCGAAGAUACCUUCCAAUGGAUUUUCGAAUCCGACUAUGAUGAAACCCCUAUACGAUCAUGGGACAACUUUGAAGACUGGCUCAAGUCUGAUAGCAAUAUAUACUGGGUUUCUGGUAAACCUGGCUCUGGAAAAAGCACACUAAUGAAGUACCUCUUGAAAAGCCCUUCUACAGAGGCAGCAUUGAAGAUGUGGAACGCAGACCCUAUCAUUUUGUCUCAUUUCCUCUGGAAACCAGGUUUUAAAAUGCAGAAAAGUGUGAAGGGAUUUCUUUGCUCCAUCCUUCACCAGGCUCUUCUCUCUGACAGGAUCUCUACAACCCUGGGCUCAAUCCUAAGCACUUCCAAGUCCCUGUUACUAAAACAAGAGGUUGCCGAUUGGGAUGUUGAAGAGCUCAAAGAUCUCUAUUUCACAAUAUUGGGUAGCGAUAUGUUCCCAGUGUGCAUAUUCCUCGACGGGUUAGAUGAAAUAUGCGAAGAAGACGGCCCGUUCUCGCUACUGAAAUUGAUCGAUGAUCUGAGGAUACACCCAAAGGUCAAAAUAUGUGUUGCCAGUCGACCUGAACCGGUGCUUCAGUCUAAUCUAUGCAGACACCAACAACUGAGAUUGCAGGACUUGACACAUGAUGACAUGGAGAAGUUUGCAGCUGCGCAAUUACAGCCGUAUGUGAACCGUGGUAUGAUAUCCAAAUCCUUCGGAUCAGACAUCAAAGAGUCUCUUAUUGAGAAAGCAGAAGGUGUAUUUCUCUGGCUUCACUUAGCAUCCCGAAGCUUGAUUGACGGAAUAGAGAAGGACGAUACAGAAUACAUUCUCAGGCAGCGGCUCGAGGAAAUGCCUAAUGAACUGACGAAACUGUACUCUGACAUGUGGGAACGAAUGAAUGGGAAUUCCAAACUUUACCGGGAAGCUGCAGCUCGGUAUUUUAAUUUGCUUAUUCUCAACCGCGAGCACAUGGUGAACUAUUAUCACUGGGUGUCAGAUUUCGAGUUCCGUUUUUUCCAUUUCAUGGGUGCGACGCAGACUGAACUCCAAGAUAUCAUCCUCGAGAAACAAAGCUCCAUUAGCGCGGCAGCUUUGGAACAGAUAUGGGCCGUAUCUGUAAAAGAUAUACGGGUUCGGUGUGCGGGCCUUCUAGAGUUAUAUGGUACGUACUCUGAUGGGGAAGACACGCCCAUACGCGACCCGACUCUUUACGAAUUUAUUCGAGGACAAAGGAGCAUGUGUGUGCAAUUCAUUCAUCGAACGGCCUAUGAUUUUAUAAAAGACACCGAAGAGGGCCAUCGUAUUCGCGCGUAUGACUCUUCCUCAUCGGAUACACUAUAUCUCCAGCUUGCCAAAGGUCAUCUCAUCAUGGCAAAAUUCUUUCGGGGUUUUCGUAUUGAAAACGUUGAAGUUGUCUUGGAAUAUUUAUCUGAAAUAAAGGACUUGAGUCUACAACCUCUUAUCCAUGAAAUGCUGCGACGCGUAUGGGCGUGGUAUCACGAACAUUAUUACUGGAUUGGUUCAGAAUCGUCUUUCAGUCGAUUCUGCACUGGGCCUCAUUUCUUAGCUCUUUUAACUGGAUUUACAUUUCGAAACUUCAUUUUAUCUACCAUCAAGGGAUCAUCAAAUCCAUCGUCGUUAGCCACGCACGUUUUGAGAAACAUAGACUUUUGGUCUUCUAGUCGCAAAGAUUCUUCGUUAAUCUACAAGCUUGAUUGUUUUCUGGAACCGCUCCUUUCUCUUGGGGCGGAUGCAACGUCCCGAGGACCUUGUAUACGGUGGGUGCAAGGGAAAUCGGGGAAGAAGCUAGUGCCAUUUCUCAGUCCAUUUGCAGGUUUCAUAAUCGAGCUCUUCGCCUCCGGUAAUAUUUGGCCUGAGCCUACGGUCAGGCUCUUAAAGAUGUUCAUGAAUACUAAGCCUGACCUGCAAGAACGCAUACCACUAAUUGUUCAGCUUAACCCAGAUAAAUUCAAAGUUCUAGGACUAGGAAUCAAUUAUUGUAUUGGUCCCGACGACUUCCUCAUCUCCGACGUGCCUAAGGGCCAAGACUAUAGACUGAACUUCAGCGCAUCUGAUAAUGCAAAAUAUGGAGCUCCAAUAGUCUUGAAUAUUGGUGUUGGAUUUCUCCUCGAUGCUCUUCUCAUGAGGGGUCUCUCUUUGGAGACAGGUUUGAGGGACGGGCAAGCAUUAAAAUGUCAACCAGCCAAAUUAGUGCUUAUAUAUGUUCCAAAUAAUGUGAGGGAUGGCCCAAUAACCUACGUUUGCUUUCGGCCGAUAGACAUAAAGGUCACAGAGCGCCUAUUGUCUUUUCUGUUACAGCUCUUACGUGGUGCGGACCUAUUCUCCGAGGCACAUAAGGAAGGUACCAAAGUUCUUCGGGAUAUCUACAACGGGUCACUGAAUUAUGAGGUAGUGCAUGAAUCUGGCAGUUGCGUCAUGGCUGAAGAAGAUUGCGGCUAUCGUUACGAAGGACCUGAGGAUAAUCAUUCUAUGGGGGAUGGAUGGGCAGAACAUUGGCCUGAGGAAUGUAGCUGA